CGUGUCCUCCAACGGGGAAACGCGGUCGGAAAUUGACGGUGCUCCUUGAGCCGUCGCCUACCAUCCGGCCUGCGGUCGGCGGGGAGACCCCGGGCCGGGCUGGAAGUAACGGGCGGCUCGCGGUGCCACGAUCAACACUAAAACCCCACAAUGUCCUUGAAACCACGAGUGGUUGACUUCGAUGAAACAUGGAACAAACUUCUAACAACAAUUAAGGCUGUUGUUAUGUUGGAUUAUGUUGAAAGAGCAACGUGGAAUGACCGCUUCUCAGACAUUUAUGCUUUGUGUGUGGCCUAUCCUGAACCUCUUGGAGAGAGACUUUAUACUGAGACAAAGAUUUUCUUGGAAAAUCAUGUACGCCAUUUGCACAAGAGAGUUUUGGAAUCUGAAGAACAAGUACUGGUUAUGUAUCACAGAUACUGGGAAGAAUAUAGCAAGGGAGCAGACUAUAUGGACUGUUUAUACAGGUACCUCAACACACAGUUUAUUAAGAAGAACAAAUUGACUGAAGCUGAUCUUCAGUAUGGUUAUGGUGGUGUGGAUAUGAAUGAACCACUGAUGGAAAUAGGAGAGCUAGCUCUUGAUAUGUGGAGAAAAUUAAUGAUUGAGCCACUACAGGCCAUCCUUAUUCGAAUGCUCCUCCGAGAAAUCAAAAACCCAAGCACUCCUUCUUCAAGUCAAGCUGAAUAUCAACUUAAGCAUUUUUGUUUCAACACAACAGGAGGCCGACAAGAUCUUGAAUUUGAUCGCUGUGGAGAAGAUCCAAACCAGAAAGUAAUCCAUGGGGUUAUUAACUCCUUUGUUCAUGUUGAACAGUAUAAGAAAAAAUUGCCCCUAAAGUUUUAUCAGGAAAUUUUUGAGUGUCCUUUUCUGAAUGAAACAGGGGAGUAUUAUAAACAAGAAGCUUCAAAUUUAUUGCAAGAAUCAAAUUGCUCACAAUACAUGGAGAAGGUUUUAGGUAGAUUGAAAGAUGAAGAAAUGCGGUGUCGGAAAUACUUGCAUCCCAGCUCAUAUGGUAAAGUGAUUCAUGAGUGCCAGCAGAGAAUGGUAGCUGAUCACUUGCAGUUUCUACAUGCAGAAUGUCACAAUAUUAUCAGACAAGAGAAGAGAAGUGACAUGGCAAAUAUGUAUACUCUACUUCGUGCUGUGUCAAGUGGUUUACCUCAUAUGAUUCAGGAACUACAAAACCAUAUCCAUGAUGAGGGCCUUAGAGCAACCAGCAAUCUUUCUCAGGAAAAUAUGCCAACUCAGUUCGUGGAGUCGGUUUUGGAAGUACAUAGUAAAUUUGUUCAGCUCAUCAACACAGUUUUGAAUGGUGAUCAACACUUUAUGAGUGCCCUUGACAAGGCUUUGACAUCAGUUGUUAACUACAGGGAGCCCAAGUCAGUCUGCAAAGCACCUGAGUUGCUGGCCAAGUACUGUGACAACUUAUUGAAGAAGUCAGCAAAAGGAAUGACUGAGAACGAAGUAGAAGACAAACUUACAAGUUUCAUUACUGUUUUCAAGUACAUUGAUGACAAAGAUGUAUUCCAAAAGUUCUAUGCCAGAAUGUUGGCAAAAAGAUUAAUUCAUGGUUUAUCUAUGUCUAUGGACUCUGAAGAAGCCAUGAUUAAUAAACUAAAGCAAGCCUGUGGUUAUGAAUUUACCAGCAAGCUUCAUCGAAUGUAUACAGACAUGAGUGUUAGUGCUGAUCUCAACAAUAAAUUCAACAACUUUAUCAAAAACCAGGACACAAUUAUAGAUUUGGGAAUUAGUUUUCAGAUAUAUGUUCUACAGGCAGGUGCAUGGCCUCUAACUCAGGCUCCUUCUUCUACAUUUGCAAUUCCUCAGGAACUGGAAAAAAGUGUACAGAUGUUUGAAUUAUUCUACAGUCAGCAUUUUAGUGGAAGGAAGCUUACUUGGUUACAUUAUCUCUGUACAGGUGAAGUAAAAAUGAAUUAUUUGUGCAAACCUUAUGUAGCCAUGGUCACAACAUACCAAAUGGCAGUGUUGCUUGCCUUCAACAACAGUGAAACUGUCAGUUAUAAGGAGCUUCAGGACAGUACGCAAAUGAAUGAGAAGGAACUGACAAAAACUAUCAAAUCCUUACUUGACGUUAAAAUGAUCAACCAUGACUCAGACAAGGAGGAUGUGGAGGCAGAGUCUACAUUUUCAUUAAAUAUGAACUUCAGCAGUAAACGAACGAAAUUUAAAAUUACUACAUCAAUGCAGAAGGACACACCACAGGAGAUGGAGCAGACCAGAAGUGCUGUAGAUGAAGAUAGAAAAAUGUAUCUUCAAGCUGCUAUAGUCCGUAUCAUGAAAGCACGUAAAGUGCUGCGACAUAAUGCUCUUAUUCAGGAGGUAAUUAGCCAAUCAAGAGCUAGGUUUAAUCCAAGUAUCAGCAUGAUUAAGAAGUGUAUUGAAGUUCUGAUAGACAAACAGUACAUAGAGCGAAGCCAGGCCUCUGCAGAUGAAUACAGUUAUGUAGCAUGAUGUUGCUAUCCUGCAGGUAUGAUUGUAAGGAGAUCAUUGCUGUCACUGUUUGGUGUGUUCCUGUGGGAAGAGGCAGGCCUGUGCCUCCAUAAUUGGUCACUUGGCAGCCCCCGUUUUUCUGCUGUUUACAACAUCACCAGUGCCAUGUCAUGAGCGUCAAUGAAAAUGCCUAUAGAUAUUUCAAGCUCAUGUCAUUAUGACAUUUCUUAAAACUUUACUAAAAGAAUGAGUGAAGUAUUGCUGAGAUGUGGAAAUUUGGUUGGGUACCAUGCUUUUUUUUUUUUUUUCCUCCCCUUUCACGUUUGCAGUUGAUGUUUUUUAAUGUAUCUUAAGACAAAGUUAAAAAAAAGAAAAAAAAGAAAAAAAAAAAGAAAACCUAAAUAUUGUAAUAUGACAGAUAACCUAAUAAUUGUAUCUACAUUAAAAAGAAAAAAGAAAAGAUGAACAUGAUACUGCUGCUUGUCAAAUAAAAAAAAUAAAGUUAUAUGAUGUGUCUCUCGUCAUUCUAGAAAUGAAUAUAACAUUAUUGUCUUUAAAUAUUCAGGCUGGGAAGAGUAAAAAUAAUGUGUGCUCAGGUGUUGAAUAACCUUCGAAGUAUAUCUGUCAUAAGGAAUCAUUUAUGUAAAGCUGAGUGACAGGUAUGUUACGUUUAAUGUGAGUGUAAAAAAAUGGCCUAUAGUUAAGUGCACAGCUUGUUUUCUUGAGGUCAGUCUAACUUGUUACAUUUUUACUGCCUGAAGGCCUAGUCUGUCUCUCUUAAUCUCACAAUGGAGGAAGAUAUUAGAAGAGAAAACAAACGGAUGUUUGAGGGAAUUUAACUUGCAAAGUUCACAGAUAGGAAUGAUGAUUGCAAAUAUUGAAGAUAUAGUUCACUGGCUUGUGAAACCACCGUUACUGGGAAAGAAUAUAGCAGACUGACUGGUAAUUGAAAAAUGUUUUCUUUCAUGAUGUAUUGGGUAGAAACAACCCAUGGAUGGAUAUCUGUGUUGUUUCUACAUGAAGCAUUUUUCUUUUCCCUCCUAACUCAUAUGGUUUAUCAUCUGAUAUUUUCCCCCUCCUCAAUGAGGUUUCUGGUUGUUUUGCCAUUUGUCCUUGUGUUGUUCAUGAGGGAUAACAUGUGACCAUUCACUCUCAGACAAGCAAAAUACAAUUUUUUAAAGUGCUACCUCUACCACUGCAGAUAAUUGAAAUAAGUGCAUUAAUAGUGUGAACACAGUUGAAUGCCUGCUGCAGAAAAGAGCUUUCUCAUGUCUGUGCCUGCUAUUAGUUAUUGAAAGGAUAAACACUAACUUCAAGUGCUCUAUUUGGAUGGUUUUUGAGUGCAUAUAGAUAGGUAGAAAGAUUAGCUCAAUAUUUUUGUAGACUUUUUGAUAUUUCAUCACCACUAGAAGACCACAGAUCAAGAAUUAAUUUAAAAAGGAAAAAGCUUUUGGGUAGAGCUCUUUUCUUUUGUUUUCUGUCUUCUUAUAUGUAUGGAUGGUUUGGCUUCUCUUUGACUCAUGUUGUUUCUGGCUGUUUUCUCUUAUGUACCAUCACAUUUGUAUGUAAUCUGGAGGGUAUGGUAAACUUCCUAUGGUUAACUAGGGAAUGCAUCAUAAAGUUGAUAAGUUAUGUCGAUUUUGCUGAGGGCAAAUAAAAGACAAUAAACAACAA